CUCCUUCCUGUCCUGCACGGGUCCUUCCUCUCGGUGAGAAACUGCCCUUUGUAUGCGGCUCCGUCCCGGGUGCCAUGGGGAGGGUGACCCGUUCCUGAAAGUUGGGAUGCGGCGGCGGGGAGGCGCGAUGCAGCGGCUGCAGAGGGAAGUUCAGAUUGUCCAGCCGGCGACUAAAAUGGCAUCGUGUGACCUGUGGGGGCCGAAGCCCCGCGUGAGCCAAGUGGAAAGAAACUCUCGUGUUCUCCGAGGGGAAACUGCCAAGAACAUCCUGAUGGGGGCAGCUCUACUGCAGAGCAGGCAGGGACUGGACACAGGUCUGGAAGGGGGCCAGAAAUCUCAACAGCAGAAAGAGGGACUGGCAGCGGUGCCUUCUCUUUACUCCGUUUGGAGGCCGUCGCGGUUGUUCGAGCCUGUAUCCGAGGAGGAUAUGAUGGCGUUCAAGGCUUCCUAUCGGAUGAAACAGCCCAACCAGUUGUCCAGGGAAGGACGUGGAAUGUGGAGGCCUACCUUGCAGGGCCUCAGCAGGGAAACACAGAAAGCCUGUGAGAACUUGGACAGUUUGGGGCCUUUGAAAGCACAGGCCUUGGCUGAGGUUGACCUUGACAGCUUGGAGAUAAAGCGUCAACAUUUCCGGCAUUUCUGCUACCAGGAAAUCGAGGGCCCUCGCGCGGUCCUGAACGAACUCCAGGAGCUUUGUCGCCAGUGGCUUCUGCCAGAGCGGCGCACCAAGGAACAGAUUGUGGAUCUGGUGAUCCUGGAGCAGUUCCUGACCAUCCUGCCGCUGGAGAUGCAGAUCUGGGUCUGCAAAAGUGGCCCGGCCACGUGUUCUCAGGCCUUGGCCCUGGCAGAAAAGUUCCUCCUUCGGCUGCAAGAGGCGGAGUCUUGUGAACAAAAGGCGCCUGGACUACUAGAGGAAUUUGUGAAUUCUCCCACAUCUGAGCAUGAUCCCUCAGACACUGUGGAAAGCUGCAUCUCCACAGAUACAGAGGAGGAAGAGGAAGCCAUCUUGGGACCCACGGGGCCCGUCCAGCACACCCAGAAGCAAGACGCCCUUCUGCUAGGAAUAUCCGAGCCAAUGGAAUGGGGCAUCCCCUUAGAAAAAAUCAUGGGAAAGUUGACCUCCAAUCCUGAGCUAGAAGAGAUUCAUGGGAGUCACCAGGAACACUAUCCAGGGAAGAGUACAAAACAGGCUCGCUGUUUGGCUGAAAGCGAGAGAAGUCUCCACAAACGGAGCUCUCAGGAGGGACCCGUCAGUCAGAAGAAGAAGACCACCAAGGCCGGUGCCGAAAACGGCCUCUGUCCAACCUCGGGUUUCCUUAAGAAUCGGAAGGUACAGACUGAGAAAAUGCAGCGGUGCACCCCUUGCGGGGAACACUUUUACACAGGGUCAGGCUCGGGGACGCAGGAGAAAGCUGGUGCAGGAGAGCAGCCGCGUAAGGGCUGGCCGCGUGGGAGCGACUUGCCCAAGCGUGGCGCCGCCCUGAGACGGGAUGAAGCGGGGCCCGAAAACCAAGGGGUGAUCUGCAGGUGUAAGGCGAAGAGGCGGAGCCCAGAGGGCAGACUCGCGCCCCAGCCCAGCCCAGCUCACUCAGGAGGGCAGAAGGCAGCGAAGCCACCCAAAGGCACGCCCUGCCGGGAGAGACUCAUCUGGGAGCCUCCUUUUCCGAGCCCUGAAAAAACUGACCCGGGAGGAAAACCGCACCAGUGCUUUGAGUGCGGCAAGAGUUUUAGCCAGAAGGGCAACCUCAACAUCCACAAGAAAUCCCACACGGGCGAGAAGCCGUACCCCUGCCUGGAGUGCGGGAAGCGCUUCGUGACGAACUCUCGGCUGCUGACCCACAAGCGGGUGCACACGGGCGAGAAGCCGUACAGCUGCUCAUACUGCGGCAACAACUUCAGCCAGCUGGCGCACCUGGUACAGCACCAGCGGAGGCACACUGGGGAGAAGCCGUACAGCUGCCCCUACUGCGGGAAGAGCUUCAGCGUCAAAGCCAACCUGAUCACGCACCAGCGCACCCACACGGGGGAGAAGCCCUACGAGUGCUCCGAGUGCCCCAAAAGUUUCGUUUCCAGCUCUGAUCUUAAAAAACAUAAAAAGGUGCACACCGGGCAGGGGUGUACAUGAGCAGACCUGAGAAUGGUCACCGUCAUUCCCCUCCGUUUAGUCGGCGGGGACCCCCUCGAGUAUCUUUAGUGCACUGUGAGGAUUAAAAAAAUAAAGUCUCCUUUUUAAAAAAGAAAAAGGUG